AUGUCUGGCUCACGGGGAAAGCCGAGCUUGUUACGUCCGCCUCGGAAUGUUCAACAAAUAACAGAAGCGGCACAAGAAUACGAAUAUGACGCCGCGAUCCCUCUUCGCUACUGGCUUCGAUCUGCCCAGGCAAUGCUGAAAGAGGCAGAGGUCUAUGUGCGCGAAGGCGAUGAGGAGACAACUUAUUUGUUGUUAUUCAGACAUGCUCACCUUAUCUUGUCCCAAUUACCCGCCCACCCACAAGCACGAGACAAGGCGAACAAGCUCCUCUUGCAAGAGGCGGAGAAGGAGGUUAGACGUAACUUCAAAGUACUCGAUGCGUUGAGACCCCGCAUAAACGAAAGAUACGAGCGGUAUGUCAAACUUGUGAAGGAAAGAGAAGCCAGAAAGAGCGCGCAAAUACAGAGUCAGACUGUUGGUGAAUACUCAGGCAAACGGCCAGCACAGGAUCAGAGAGCGGAACCACUCAAAGCGUAUGAAAAUCAGGACUUUGCUGUGAGGUUGGCGCAAAAAGAGAUAUCCAGGAGAGCCGCACACCGGCAAGCUGUGCUGACAUCUGCCACCGAUGGAGACGACCUCUCCCAAAGACUGCAGGAAAUCCGUGCAAGAGUCGACGGAAGAAGACAGCCUGAUACAUCAGGCACAGAGCCCCGUCCUCGACCCGCCGCAUCCGAUAGCUUUACUUAUCACUAUCCCCAUGUCCCUUCACAGCAUGGUCAGCCGGUGCUGGGCCCUGUCCCACCGCAAGUGCCUGCAUGGAACGUUCAGAAAGACAUUCCUGCCAGCGCUCCGGCAGUCCCUCCGAAACCUGGUAGCUUUUUGCCGACUCAACCGCCACGACCGGACAAGGCAGCCGAACAGAUUGCAUCGCGAUCUCCGACGCCUGAACCCGUGCAUACUUUCGCUCCAGCUGCCUACCUCGAAAAUGGCACGCCUCUCCGAACCAUUUUCCUGCCUCCGACAUUGCGGACGACUUUCCUGAGGAUCGCACACAAGAACACACUGCGCAACCUUGAGACAUGCGGGUUUCUUGGGGGCACCUUGAUUGCAAACGCAUUCUUUAUCAGCAGACUUAUCAUCCCGUCUCAAACGGCGACGUCGGAUACUUGCGAGAUGACGAACGAAUCACAACUGUUUGACUAUGUGGAUUCCGAAGAUCUCAUGAUUCUGGGUUGGAUUCACACUCAUCCAACCCAGACAUGCUUCAUGAGCAGCAGAGACUUGCACACUCACGCUGGAUAUCAGAUGAUGUUGGCUGAGAGCAUAGCCAUUGUUUGCGCGCCUAGCAAAGGAGACAUCACGCACGGCGGUGACUGGGGAGUGUAUCGGCUCACGGAUCCUCCGGGAAAGAAAACCAUUCUCAACUGUCACCAACCGGGGAUCUUCCACCCUCACGAUGUCGACAAUAUCUACACUGACGCGCUCCGGCCGGGACACGUUGUCGAGGCUAAAGGGAUGGAGUUUGAGGUGGUGGACCUGCGGGAAACGUGA